GUGAUGAAUAAUUCUAACAAUGAUACGAUUAAAAAGUUGCAACUGAAGACGUCAACCUUCAAAAGAGAGUAACGUGGAAGAAAUGACUUGUGAUUAUUAAUGUUUACAGACUGAUUCAUCCACAUAGUGAUAUAAAGUACAAGGUUGACUUUUUAUUAAAUUCUGUUUUAUCAACUGCUGUAUACUAUUAAAAUGGAAAGCAAGAAAUACAUAAUAAAAACUGUAAUUCAUGCAGGAACCAAAACUAUUAAUUUUGUACCUGGAACUAAAGUACUCUUUCAUUUUAAAACAACAAAAUGUGAUCCGGGAAAAACAUUAAUAGAUGAUAGCAAGGCAAUGGGAAAUCCGAUGGAACUUGUCUUAGGAAAACAAUUCAAACUUGAAGUAUGGGAGAAUAUUAUACAGAAAAUGGCACUGAAUGAAGUGGCUUGUUUUAGAAUUGACAAAAGUUUAGUUGCAGCAUAUCCUUUUGUAUCUAAAACUUUGAGGGAAGUCGCAAAACCACAAUCACAGAAGCGUAGCUAUCAUUGCUGUGGUAUUGCUUUACAAAAUGAUGGAAUUGGAUACAACGAUUUGAAUGAACUUAUCAAGUGUCCUCAAGAUUUAGAAUUUACAAUUGAACUUGUUAAGGUGAUCUUACCUGAUGAAUAUGAAAAAGAGACAUGGCAAAUGACUGAAGAUGAGAAAUUGAAAAGUAUUCCAGACAUAAAAGAGAAAGGAAAUGCAUUAUAUAAACAAAAAAAUUAUGAUCUUGCAUGUGAGAUGUAUGCUAAAGGCAUUGGAAUAUUGGAACAAGUUAUGCUUGGUGAAAAACCAAAUGAAGAAGAAUGGUUAGCUUUAAAUCGUUUGAAAACCCCAUUGCUUCUAAAUUAUGCACAAUGUAAAUUAAUUCAAAAGGAAUAUUAUGCAGUUAUUGAACAUUGCACAACAGUACUUAAACAUGAUCCAGAUAAUGUAAAAGCAUUAUAUAAGAGAGGUAAAGCAUAUAUAGGUGCAUGGGAUAAAGAAAACGCCAUUAAAGAUUUAACAAAAGCUGUUGAAUUGGAUCCUACGUUACAAAAUACAGUUGAAAGGGAGUUACAAGCAUUUUCUGCAGCUAUUAAAGAAAACGAUCAAAUAGAAAAGAAGAAAUUAUUAAAACUAUUUCAAUAAAUGUAUAUAAAAUUAUUUAAAUUAUAUAAAUAGAAAGAUAAAAUUAAUAAAUAAAUAAACAAAUAUAUAUAUAUGCAUGUAUAUAC